AAAGCUUCUGGACAAAUCCUAUUGCAGAGAAAAAACCGAAAUAUGUGGUGCUCAGGUCCAUUUAAAUACAAAUAAUCAUAUACCAAGUUCAUCAACAAGGCCAAUUAGAACGUUUCAUGUGGAAUGAUGAUUAGCCUCUGGUUGAUGAUGGACCUCAACUUACUGUUCGACAAUGGAGGUGCUCAAUCACUUUGAGCAGACUAGUGGUCGAGAUGAAGGUGCUCAAUCGCUCGAGCAAGGUCAAUUGUCAAAUACUUUAGCAUACAAUGAAAAAAGGUAAUGGAGGAAGGAGAUGAUUGGAUAGCUCCUGAUAAACUCUACCACAUCCUAUUCUGCUUCUUUAUUGCUAUCAUUUCCUCUUUUCUCGCGGAAAGGGCUCGCUAUCCUUUCAUCCGCCGCAGGAGUAUCUGGGUCGGAUCCAUUAUUUCACUCGCCGCCGGCGCCGCUAAGGAAGUCGCCGACGAAUUUGGUUUUUUCAGGUCAGCAGGUGCAUCUUCUAAGGACGCUGUUGCCGACGUCUUUGGUACUCUUCUCGCUGCUCUCGUUUUAUGUCUAUACAAAUCAUCCUUCAUUCGCCGGAGGACCGAUCAAUCCGUUCAAGCUAAAGCACUCCAGAUGGUUUAAAUGGAUCAUACGAUUCCGUGCAAUUUUUCCUAAUUAUUCACAAUGGCUGGAAUUUUCAAGAAGCAACAGUGUAGGAGCCAAAGCAUGGAACAAAAGUCGAGUCUCUCAGUUGCACUUCAUACCCCUCCAAGAUUUCAGACAGAUGAAAAAGAAAAAGAAUUCCACUUCAUAUGGCCCUAGUUCUGUGAACUGAAACACGUUAUAUAGAAGUCUUCUUACAAUCCAGUAAAGACUCACCAAUUCUACACACCACAUAAGUUUGGCAAUAGUAGCUCACCAAUGUUCAUUUGUUUCUUUCCUCUCUCCGACAUUAUAUCUUGCUCUAAUUUGUUCUUUGACAAGUUAUACUCCAUCUUGCUCUAAAUCUGUACAUUUGGAGAGAGCGGAAAGAUUUUGUUUUAUUCAACCCACCCUUGCCUUCCAGAUGUUUUUACAUUCAUACAACUGCACAACAACUACAAAAACAGGCAAGUAUCAUGGUUUUAUGGUGUUACUUAUGAAUCACCUUCUGAAACUAUGUUCCAGUGCUUGCUUCGCGUGAUUGUUGCUGUCUUCAUCAGGCAGUUUGACGGCAGAGUAAAUGCCUGCUCCAACUAGAGCGCCAAGAAUUGGAGCAGUCAGGUAGAUCCAUAUCGCCUUGUAGUUUCCUGCUGCUACUGCUGGUCCCAGGGUUCUCACUGGAUUCAUUGAAGCCCCAGAUGUCUCCCUAAAACACAGUAACUACAAAUUAUGAGAAAGGCCGCUGAAUACGCUAUUAUUUUUUCUCACAAGCUUCUUAGUGAUUCUUAUGGAAGCUGUCAUUGUACAUGUAUUACUUCCUUGAUUGUUCAUUCAUUUUAUGUCACUUCAUUGUUUGGACGGAGUAAUUAUAUCUGGUAGUAGGUGUAAAAUAUUUUGAGAACUCUUAUUUAAAAAAUGUGCUAAGUUAAUAUUAUUCGAAAAUGGUCUUAAGUGGA